GGAGCUAAUUGGUCGAAAAAGUAGGUUAGUGGUGCGACAGUCAUUACAGAACGGAGAAAGUAGGUCAUAUACCACUGCUGUUUACCACCGUCCAUAUUAGACUGCAUUUAAAUGUGUUUUCCGACCUUUUCCCAAACCAGACAAACCAGGCACACAUGGAGUGACAUGCUUUGAGAACGACGGGCUGUAUGAACAUUUGUGAUGAUCUAAUGGCAGACCAAAGAAUGGACAUUUCUUCAACAAUGAACGAGUUCAUGUCCCCCGGUUCCACUGACCUGAUCAGCAGCUCCAUCAACCCCCCUGGUAUUGACUACACCCGCAAGAGGAAAGGCAGCUCCACAGACUACCAAAUUGAUGGAUUUUCUUUUGAUGAUAGCAUGGACACCGACAAAGAUAAGCAGCUGGGACGGGACUGCGCUGAGCAGGGCCGGAUAAAGAACGCCAGGGAGGCUCACAGUCAGAUCGAGAAGAGGCGGCGUGACAAGAUGAACAGCUUCAUUGACGAGCUUGCGUCGUUAGUACCCACUUGCAAUGCCAUGUCCCGCAAGCUGGACAAGCUGACGGUGCUGCGCAUGGCUGUGCAACACAUGAAGACUUUACGAGGUGCUGCUAAUCCUUACACUGAGGCAAACUACAAACCAGCGUUCCUUUCAGAUGAUGAACUAAAGCACUUAAUAUUAAGGGCUGCUGACGGCUUCCUCUUUGUCGUGGGCUGCGAUCGUGGAAAGAUCCUCUUUGUGUCAGAGUCUGUUUACAAAAUCCUAAACUACAGCCAAAACGACCUGAUUGGCCAGAGUCUGUUUGACUAUCUGCAUCCGAAGGACAUCGCCAAAGUGAAGGAACAGCUGUCCUCAUCGGACACAGCGCCUAGGGAACGGCUCAUCGAUGCCAAGACUGGUCUCCCGGUGAAGACGGACAUUGCGCCAGGCCCAUCCCGGCUCUGUUCUGGUGCACGCCGCUCCUUCUUCUGCAGGAUGAAGUGCAACAGACCCUCAGUAAAAAUGGAGGACAAGGAGUUCCCCUCCACCUGCUCCAAAAAGAAAGCUGACCGGAAGAGCUUCUGCACCAUCCACAGCACGGGCUACCUGAAGAGCUGGCCGCCCACCAAGAUGGGCCUGGAGGAGGACAACGAGCCCGACAACGAGGGCUGCAACCUCAGCUGCCUGGUGGCCAUCGGCCGGCUGCACCCCCACAUCGUCCCCCAGUCCAGCCACGGAGACAUCCGCGUCAAGCCCACCGAGUACGUCUCGCGGCACGCCAUCGACGGCAAGUUCGUCUUCGUGGACCAGAGGGCCACAGCGAUUCUUGCCUAUUUACCCCAGGAGCUCUUGGGCACGUCUUUCUAUGAAUAUUUCCACCAGGACGACAUUGGGCACCUGGCGGAAUGCCAUAAACAAGUGCUGCAGAUGAGGGAGAAGAUCAACACAAACCUGUACAAGUUCAAGGUAAAAGACGGCUCCUUCAUCACGCUGCGCAGCCGCUGGUUCAGCUUCAUGAACCCCUGGACCAAAGAGGUCGAGUACAUCGUCUCCACCAACACCGUCGUCUCGGGAAGUUUGCUUGAUGGCACCGACCCCAGCUACCCCCAGCUUGCUGCCUCCCCCCAGAGCAUGGACAGCGUACUGACAGCCGGAGAUGCAUGCAUGUUUGCAGGCCCAGGGAAGCGGGCCCUCCAGACUGUGCCGGGUAUCCCAGGGGGGACACGAGCGGGGGCGGGGAAGAUUGGCCGCAUGAUUGCAGAGGAAGUGAUGGAGAUCCAGCGAAUUCGAGGCUCAUCUCCCUCCAGCUGUGGCUCCAGCCCCCUGAACAUCACCAGUACGCCCCCUCCAGAUACCUGCUCCCCGGGAGGCAAGAAGAUUCAAAAUGGUGGAACUCCAGACAUUCCUUCAGCUGGUAUGGUACAUGGACCGGACUCCAUAGGAUACCCCUACUCCAAUAACUCCAUAAUGAGUGAUAACUCCCAUAUUGGCAUCGACAUCAUGGACGAGCCUGGCUCCAGCAGCCCCAGCAACGACGAGGCGGCCAUGGCCGUCAUCAUGAGCCUGCUGGAGGCCGACGCCGGGCUGGGCGGCCCCGUAGACUUCAGCGACCUGCCCUGGCCCUUGUGAGGCCCGCCGGGGGCCCCCCAGGACCACGGGGGGGUGGGUGGGGGUGGGGUGGCGAGGCCGCCAUCAGAGCCAUAUCACCAGCGUCAGCCUGGCGCAUGGCACGGCCAGACGGAGCCCGCAGAGCAUGCUGGGAUCAGUCCGCGUGCACAGUCCCCUCUGGUUACAUCACCCAUGCAUAGUAAAAAAAAAAUAAAGGUUUCAGUUCUCCAGGUUUUUCUAUGUCCAUCUGUAAACACUGGCAUUAUCCCUAGGUUUGUUUCGUUUUUGAAUGCCAUUUCAGUUUUAGUGUUUUGGUGUUUUUACACUACAAAAAGGUUUCCAUGUUGAAUAUUUCCUAUGAAAAUUGUAUCAUAAACCUGUUUAAUCUAUCAUGUAUGAAUUCUUUUCUCUAAAUAUAUGGUAAAAGUGUAUUGUAGCAGCAGUGAAAUAUUUUUAAAAUAAAAGUCUUUGUUUCUCUUG